AUGGCGCUGCCGCAGCCCGCGGGGGCCGCGCUCCUGGCCGCGGCGGGCGGCCCGCUGGGGUUCCCGGGCCGCCGCGCCCCGCCCGGCCGCCUGCUGCGCGCCGUUCCCGAGCUACGGCCCCUGCGGGGACCCGCGGCCCUGCCCGCCGCCCGCGGCCGCCCGCCGCGCGCUCGCCCCGGCCCCCUGCGCCCCGGCGCCGCCCGAGCUGAGCCCCGACGGGGCCCUGCGGGGCGAGCCUUCACCCAGGAGGAGCUGCACUUCGUCUUGUACGGCGCCGCCCCGCACCCCGAGCCGCGAGUCCGCCGGCACCACGCGAGGUCGGGCCGCCCGGCCCCCGCGGAGAGCUCUGGGCCAGAUCAUCUUCCUCCAGCCUUGGAUAACGACUCGCUCCAGCUUCCAGAAGGUCUCUGCAUCAUGCAGACUAUGGUUGGCAGCAUCCCGCGUGUCGGUGUGUUCUGUAGCAAUUUCAUUGCCAAAGGAAUCCGGUUCGGUCCCUUUCAGGGUAAAGUGGUCAAUGCUAGUGAAGUCAAGACCCACAGGGACAACUCUCUGAUGUGGGAGAUCUUUGAAGAUGGUCACUUGAGCCAUUUUGUGGAUGGAAAAGGUACAGGGCACUGGAUGUCUUAUGUCAACUGUGCCCGCUUCCCCAAGGAGCAGAACCUGAUGGCAGUACAGUAUCAUGGGCAGAUAUUUUAUGAGAGUUGCAAGGAAGUCUACCAGAACCAGGAGCUCCUGGUGUGGUAUGGAAACUGCUAUGAGAAAUUCCUGGACAUUCCCGUGAGCCUUCACGCCCCUGAGCAGGGCCAGCAGCCAGCUGGGCGAUCGGAAGAGUCUGCAGAAGGCUACCGGUGCGAGAGGUGCGGGAAGGUGUUUACUUACAGAUAUUACAGAGACAAGCACCUCAAGUACACCCCAUGUGUGGACAGGGGGGACAGGAAGUUUCCCUGUUCUCUCUGCAAACGAUCCUUUGAAAAGCGGGACCGGCUCCGGAUCCACGUCCUUCACGUCCAUGAGAAGCACCGGCCUUACCUGUGUUCUAUCUGUGGGAAAUGCUUCUCGCAGUCCUCCAGCCUGAACAAGCAUAUGCGGGUGCACUCUGGAGACAGGCCAUACCAGUGUGUGUACUGCACGAAGAAAUUCACGGCGUCCAGCAUCCUCCGCACGCACCUCCGGCAGCACUCGGGGGAGAAGCCCUUCAAGUGCAAGCACUGCGGGAAGCCCUUCGCCUCGCACGCCGCCCACGACAGCCACGUGCGCCGCUCGCACAAGGAGGGCGGCGAGGGGGGCCCCUGCCACCUCUGCGGGGCCUCCAGCCCGGAGCCCCGGCGUCCUGGGCAGCGGAGACCUCGCCCUUCCCGCGCCCUGGCGCUGCGCCCCGGCACCCAGACUCCCGGCGUCCUGGGCAGGAAGACCUCGCCGUUCCCGCGCCCUGGCGCUGCGCCCCGGCACCCAGACUCCCGGCGUCCUGGGCAGGAAGACCUCGCCGUUCCCGCGCCCUGGCGCUGCGCCCCGGCACCCAGACUCCCGGCGUCCUGGGCAGGAAGACCUCGCCGUUCCCGCGCCCUGGCGCUGCGCCCCGGCACCCAGACUCCCGGCGUCCGGGGCAGCGGAGACCUCGCCCUUCCCGCGUCCUGGCGCUGCGCCCCGGCACCCAGAGCCCCGGCGUCCUGGGCAGGAAGACCUCGCCGUUCCCGCGCCCUGGCGCUGCGCCCCGGCACCCAGAGCCCGGCGUCCUGGCGCGGAUGGACGCGGGGAUGGACGCGGCCGUGGCUGGUGCUCGCGGAAACGCUCUGCACUGCCGCGCGCGAGGACGAGCCCACCCAGGAAGAGCGGAAGUGUAGGGAGGUGGGUGCUGAAGAGGAGUCAGAAGGCCCAGCAGGCCCCCGGACCCCCGGACGGACGGACGCCCUCCCGAGGCACUGGGAAGCGCUUCGGAGGGUGUGA